UGGCAGUAGAUAGUCAACUGUGAAAACGAUCCAAAAGUAGAAAGGUUUUUUUUUGGUGGUUGGAAUACUGCUUUUACAGAACGCCGAAACAACGGUGGUUUUCACUGGAGAAAAUCUGAACGCAUCUGUCAAGGACAAGACCGAAAUGUCUCUUACAGAACAGAUUAGUCAGCUGGAAUCAGACCUGCAGGAGCUAGGUUCCCUCUUGGGGAAAGCAGAAAGGAAAAGGGUUCAGGAUCUGCUAAAGGAGGAGCAGAAGAAGGUGGAGAAAGAACUCACAGCCAAACGGCUACAGCAGGAGCAACAAGCUAGGAGAGAAGCAGAACCUUCUUCAGCCUCCAAAGCAGCGUACACAGUGAAGAUCACUAGCUAUGCAUGGGAUCAGUCUGACAAAUUUGUCAAAAUUUACCUGAAUUUGAAAGAAGUGCAGAAAAUACCUUCAGAAAAUGUGGAGGUGAACUUCACAGAAAGAUCGUUUUCAGUGCUGGUCAAGGAUCUAGAUGGCAAAAACCAUCAGAUGACUGUUCUCAACCUGUUGCAUCCAAUCAGUGUGCAGGACAGCUAUAAAAAGAUAAAAACUGACAUGGUGUUGGUCAUGUGCAAAAAGCAGACAACAAAGAAGUGGGAGUGCCUCACAUCAGUGGAAAAACAGGCUAAAGAGAAAGAUAAACCCAAUAUGGAUGAGAAUGCAGACCCCAGUGAUGGCCUCAUGAGCAUGCUGAAGAAGAUCUAUGAGGAUGGAGAUGACGAGAUGAAGAGAACUAUCAACAAAGCCUGGUCAGAGUCCCAAGAGAAGAAACUAAGAGGGCAAGAAAUGAUGGACUUUUAAAUGUUGAAUUUCCACAGCGGGAGCCAGUGAGACCCACGGGGAGCUCCGGCAGGCAUGACUUAAAUACAAAUACUCAUAAAUAACAUUAUCUGCAGCCUGGAUGAACUCAUUUUCACCCUGAUUUGGAAACAAUGCUGAUGUCCAGCAGGGGGCAGCACCUCCUCAGUGAUCUAUCUUUACUUAGUAGGGCUGGUCUUUGUUACCAUGGCAUCAAAGUUUCAGCCAGUUUGUUAGUGUGGCCUUUUAUUCUUUCACACUUCAUUUUUUCCAUUUCCUCUUUGUUUUCAUCACCAUCAUUCCAGUACGAUACUAAAAACAUUGCAUGCAUGUUAGUGUUUUUCAUAUGAUUUCGUCCAUUCAAUAUAAUUCCUCAAAGUGCUUUGUGUUUUUGAUGAGUUAUCCAUGUUAUUCCCGUGAAUAGCAGCACUGCUUCCUUUCAUUGUGGAAAUGUAUCUUGUAAUUUUGUUCUUUUAGCCGUUGUCCUAAUUUUCAUCAGUUCUCAGGCUGCUUGUCACGUUCAAAUAUAACAACAAAUGAGUUUUUGUACUUCUGUUUUCUGAUGUUUGGUUAUGAUCAGAUACUGGCUGUGGAUGAAGUAUGCAGGUUUUACUUCAUUUUAUUAUUUUAAAGCAAGUUAAAAAAUACUCUUUGACUUAGAGUUGCAUCUUUUCCCGCUUAUGUAGACCGUUUCAGCUCAAGGUGUUCAAUAAACACUCAAAACUACAUGCAAACUAAA